AUGGGCUGGCUACCGUGGAGCUCGUCAGACGGGAACGAUGGCGUGAAGAAAACAUCUGGUGGCGCUUUCGAGUCCCCCAGCCGGACAAACAGAGUCAAAUGCUACGAAGCCCGCGACGCCUUUUUCGAAUGCUUGGAUCGCAACAAAAUUUUGGACAGCAUCAACACAAAAAACGGCCAGUCUGCUGCAACGAGAGCCUGUGGACAAGAAGACGUUGUCUUUGAAAAGAACUGCGCACACAGUUGGGUGGAAUACUUCAAGAAACAGCGCGUCGUAAACUACCAAAAAGAGCAAACCAUCAAGAAGAUAGAAGCCGAAGGGGGAGAUAUCGUCGCACCACAAUUACCUACCCGCCAACAGAGUUGA